CAAGGAAAUUAUUAACACAACUUGCAACUUAAUUAACUCUACCCAGAGUAGACCAGUUUCCUUACGACAACUUGACGUCUCGAUCUACUGGCCACCACAUUGCUCUACAGAGAUGACUCACCCCCCCUGACAGUUCCUGAGAACCCUAUGAGAUCAUAAAUUAGUCCCCAAAGGCUAAACCACUGACUGCUUUGUCACUCUGAGAUCAUCCACCCCAAACAACUAUUGCUCAAUCGUGGCCAAUUGCAACACUACAUUAAAGCAUUAGUUGCAGUAGCAGUUGCAGUAUUCUCAAUCUCAAUCAAAAGCUACCUCAAGUAUCUCUAAGGAUAAAAUUUCAGAAUGAGCCAUCGAGUGUCAUCACUAUUACCCAGAGGAGUGGAUUCCUUCAGCACUGACUCGAGAGCUAGCACUCCUGGAUACAGCACAUUCAGCACUAUCUCUGAAGUCUCUUUAUCGGUUCCUCCAGAAUUGUACAUUCAAAAUGUUAUAGUGGACAUAAAUGCAGUGAGGGGUUCUGGUUCUUAUGGCUCUGUGUACGUUGGGAGCUGGCAUCAUUCGAAAAUUGCUGCUAAGAAACUUCACCAGAUUUUCUUUGAUCAUCUUGUGACACCUGAGUCUAAGACGGGAAUCUUACGAAGCUUUGCACGGGAGACAAACAUGUUGAUUAAACUAAAGCACCCAAAUAUUGUCCAGUUUUACGGCCUCUACUCGAGCAGAUCUGGCAGCUAUGAACUGAACUCUGAUACUUACCUCAUACAAGAGCUCAUGCAUUGUGCAUUGGAUGAUCGUAUUCGACAGUCCCCUCCACUAACGCUUCGAAAUGUUGUCAACCUGGCUCUCGACGUGGCUGGCGGUUUGCGGUAUCUUCACGAGCGACCAGACCCUAUCAUACACCGAGACCUUGCCUCUAAGAAUAUCUUACUCUCUUCAACGGGGGUUGCUAAGAUUGCUGAUCUGGGUGUGGCCAAGAUUUUAGACGAGACACAGACACCUCAGAGUCGACUGCCCGGGACUGAACUGUAUAUGCCACCAGAGGUUAAAAUUGCGGGUAUGGCUUACGACACAAAAGUAGACAUUUAUUCUUUUGGUGUGGUCAUCUUGGAGAUGGCAAUCGGACGAGAUUCUAAAGCUAAUGAAGCGUUUCGAGUUAGCCCCAACAAUUCUAUUGUUCUUACUCCGGAAAUUGAACGAAGGAAACAAGAUUUCGAUACCCUUGGUCAUCAUCCGUUAAGAGAUGUCAUUUUGAACUGUUUAUCAAGAAGAGAUGAUCGACCUACGGCUAAAGCUGUUGCUGAGCAACUCACAAUCCUUUGUGCAUCAAAAGUUUACCUUGCUUGUCCUUUGGUACCUGUCAUCAUCGUCACUACUUCUUCAAGCAAUGAAAAAUCAAAUCUAAAACUUCUAGAGGAUAAAGUUAAAACUCUGGAGAUGGAAAAGGAACAACUGCAGAACAAGCUACUCGCACAACACCGGUGCAGUGCAGAGCAACACCUGGAUGCAUUAAUGGCCGAAAAUGUUCAUUUACAGUCCCAAAUCUCACAGCUGAUAACGGAAGGUCCAAAAAGUUUGCCAGAGCUGCCAUCCAUUGCCUACUCUAAAACGAAAUCAUUGCUCGACUCUGAAGCCAGUCUAAGUGUCGACCAACUCCACACACUGUCAGAACUUAGUUUGUCCUCAAAGGCUGAUUCUUCAGAACUAAAAAAACUCAAGAAAGAAGUGGAAAAGUACAAGACUGCAUGUGUUGAGAUGGAUAAGAAAUUGAAAGAAGCUCGAUUGGAACUACAGAAGUACAACGGACGUAGUGAUCUGGGUUUUAGACAAGAGCUGGAUCUAUUGAGGUCCGAGUGUCGACAGUUGCAGAGCCAAUUGGACUUUACUAACAGGGAGAAAGGCUACCUGCAAAGCCAGCUUAGUGCAGCUAUGCACUCUCAUAGAUACUGAUAAUGUAAUAGAUGUAACACUUGUGUAUUGCAUUAAUUGCUGAUUCAUGCAUGAUGCUGGUAUGUAUUCGUGCUUGUUGUUCUUGUGUAUAUAGUAUGGUCAUGCAAUUUGUUAAAAUGUCAUAGCUGUAUUAAUUUUAACUAAAUUCCUGUACAAUUAAUUUGUUCUUGAACCUAC